AUGGGAAAGUUAAGUCAAAUUGUGGUUGCGGUGGCGAUUCUGGCGGUCGGCCUCCUUUCGGCCCCAGCCACCGCAAGACCCUGCAAGACCUUCUUCGUCACCUCCUAUUAUUUCUCCUUUGAAAACCCUAACGAUCCUUUCUCCUCCCCCGGUUCCGCCGGAUUCGUCACCGUCGUCACCGAGAUCAGUCAAUUGAGUCUCAAACCAUUCGUUCCCAAGCCGUCCGGCGUCUUCACCUCGCUCCGCGAGCGCAGUAGGGACAUUCUCAGCGUGGUCGUCGCCCUUCUCUUCGGCGUCGGCUGCGGCGCUCUCACGGGGGCCACCCUUUACUUGGUAUGGUCACUCUUCUCGACCCGUUCUUUUUUGGAGGAAGAUGAGAGCGAUGGAGAACUUAGCCCUAAGAAGAUUGGGUAUGUAAAUAUCCCCACCAUUAACGUUAAGGAAACCCCUUGA